UGCGCUUAUGCAAGUUGUGUGAAUAUACUAUAAAUUGAUACUUUUUCGAAGCCACUCGAAAGAAACGCCAAAAUAUUUGUUUUCUCUGUCAGUACAUUUCGGAACGCAUUCAUUCUGAGUAUUCUGACGCCUUCUUCCUUAUUCUUCCCAUUCUUCCUCCUGUCGUUGAUCCGUACCACGAGGUUGUAACCUGUGGACGCUUAACUCUUCUCACUUAGCAUUAUGUUAGAAUGCCGCUGAUAGUGAUAACUGGCAUACCGUGCAGCGGUAAAACAACGAGGAGUCUCGAACUGAAGAGUCACUUCGAGGAAAGGUUAAAGGAUAGUGGGCAUAACGUUGAGAUAAUUAGCGAGAGCGACGCGAUAAUCCAGGCAGGCUAUAAUAAAAAUGGAUAUUUUGAGGAUUCGAAAAAGGAAAAGGCUGUCAGGAGCUCGAUAAAAUCGGAGAUACAACGUAAAUUGAACUCGAAUGAUUUGUUGAUAUUCGAUGGUAGCAAUUACAUCAAGGGGUAUAGGUACGAGAUUUACUGUACGACUAAAUUAUACAAGACUCCUCAGUGCACGUUGCACUGCAACUUACCAAUUGAACAAGCCCAGCUAUGGAACAGCAAACAAAGUGAGUCAAAUCGAUACGAAGAAGAAAUAUUCAACGCGCUUGUGGCCAGAUAUGAAGUACCAGAAGCUACAAACCGAUGGGAUAGUCCACUUUUUACAGUUAUACCAGACGACAAUCUAGCAUACGAUGAGAUUUACUUCUACUUAUACAAAGGCAAAUUGCCAAAACCAAAUCUCAGUACUCAAAGCCCACCAUUAGCGUCUACAAAUUAUCUGCACGAAUUGGAUAAUAUAACAAAAGAUGUGACAAAUGUGAUAUUGUCGAUGCAACGACUGGGAACGAACCAUGACAUAAAAAUACCAGGUUCUAGUGUGAAUUUAAAAUGUGCGACUACACCAUCAAAACUUGCAAUGUUACGAAGACAAUUUUUAACUUUUAGUAAGAUGCAACAAAAUAAAGUUGAUAAAAUUGCCACAUUAUAUGUACAAUAUCUCAAUAACAAUAUAUGAUAAAGUUGAAUUUGGUGUA